GUUGAAGUCUGCCAACGAAUAUAAUCGAAGCGAUCGCGGUGGCGGCAACGCUCUCCCAUCACAUUUUUUUUUUUUUAAUUUUAUCAAUUGCACACGUACAGAAAAGCGCUCGCAGAAAGUGUUUCAGUGCUUCUAACAGAUUUGCCAAAUUUUUAACAAAAACUUGCUUUACUUUCUUCGAGUUUUCUUCGAGCUUUUUCGAGUGUUUUCGUGUUCUUUCAAAUAAUCUUUUGUUGUUUAUUGCGAAUUGCGAAAAUGUCCUACAACAACAACGGUCAACCACCACCAUACAGCGCACCACCACCAGGCUUCACGCCGGCCUCGUACUAUCAGCCGCCGCCACAACAGAUGCCACCACCACAACAAACCUCAACGGUGAUUAUUACCACAAGCGGUCCACCAGUUAUACCACUUGGUGAGGACCCAACGAGAAUACAAUGUCCUUCGUGUCAUGCUGAUGUGCUGACUACCGUUAAUUAUCAACCGAACAGCUGUACGCACAUUUGGGCUUUGGUCUUGUGCCUCUUCAUUUGCUGGCCUUGCGUGUGCGUACCCUACUGCAUGGACUCCUGCCAGAACGCCAAUCAUUACUGUCCAAAUUGCAACGCAUUCAUUGGCACCUACACGAACUAACUGUAAUAAACCAAAGAGGAAAAUAAUAAAAUAUUAAAGCAAAACAAAACACAAAAUGAAGCAAGCUGUUUUCCAAAAAUAAAAACCAAAGCCUCGAAGGGACAAAAAAGUUUUUUGAAUUAUUAGAUGAGACGAAGUGAAGCCACUAAAGUGUUUGGUUGCAAAUAAAUGGCGCAUAAUUGAUAACAAAAAACGCGUUUACUUAAAUAUUUUUACUAUAAUAAAUAUAUAUACACUUACUUAUACAUAUAUAAUUUGUUUGUAUUGUAAAAAAGUGUCAAGAAUGAAAUAUUUGAAUUAAUUUUUGAAUAAAUUGCUAAUGUA